AUGUUGUCCCAGAGAUUGCAGUGCAGCAAGCAGUUCGCCAGACACCUGAGCGUGGCAGCCAAGGACGGCUCCGGCAAGGUGUCGACCCUGAGCGUGCAGGUGCAGGGCGGGUCGCGGUACGCGACGAAGGACGGCGUGGCGCACCUGCUGUCGCGGUUCAACUUCCACAACACGGGCAACAAGUCUGCGUUGCGUCUGGUGCGCGAGUCGGAGCUGUUGGGCGGCAGAUUCCAGUCGACGGUGGACCGCGAGCACAUCACGCUGUCUGCGACGUUCCUCAAGGAGGACUUGCCGUACUUUGUCAACGCGCUGGCCGACGUGCUGUACAAGACGUCGUUCCGGCCGCACGAGCUGGCGGAGUCGGUGCUUCCUGCGGCGACGCGCGACGCGGCGGUGGCGCGCGCGUGCCCUGUGGCGGCCGCGGAAGAGGCUCUGUACAGCGUGACGUACAGACACGGGCUGGGCAAGCCGGUGCUGUACGACGGGGUGGAGAAGGUCACGCUGGAGGACAUCAAGGCGUACGCGGACAAGGUGUACACCAAGGAGAACGUGACGGUUCUGGGCCAGGGCAUCAACGAGGCGGACCUGAAGCGGUUUGUCAACGACUCGCUGCUUGCGUCGCUGCCAUCGGGCACCUCGCUGGCCGGCUCCGGCAACGCGAAGACGCACUCCGGGGAGGCGCGGUUGAGACACGCGGGCUCCUCCGUGGCUGCGAUUGCCGUUCCGGUGGCCAAGGCCGACUUUGCCACCUACGAGGUCCUGGCCAGAUACUUGACUUCGGACCUGUACGCGCUUUCUCCGCUGGUGCAUAAGGCGAAGUUGGACAAGUACACCGACGGCGGCCUGUUCUCGCUCUACGUCAAGUCCGCGGAGGCCGCCAAGGCUGCUGCGGACAUCAAGAAGGUUGUCGCCGACUUGAAGGCCGGCAAAGACAUCUCCGUGGCCCGCAAGUACGCCGCUCUGCAGUUGGCUGUCGAAAACGACUCCGCCGCCUCCCCUGUUAGCUUGAAGCUCGAGAACGCUAAGGACUUCAAGUUGGGUAAAUUCAACUACGUUGCCGUCGGGGAUGUGAGCAACUUGCCAUUUGCUGAUGAACUGUAA